AUGCUGCAGUGGUCACGCAGAUACGAUCAUGUCGACAGGGUCCUCGACAAACCAGGUCCGUCCACCGACGAUGCCUUCCAGGCCGGCGCAGCUGUCAAGAACUUUCUCCGCACCCAAUCCAAGAUCCUUGUCAUCGGCGCUGGCGGUCUCGGUUGCGAGAUCCUCUCCAAUCUCGCGCUCAGCGGCUUUCACAACAUCCACAUCAUCGACAUGGACACAAUAGACGUCUCCAAUCUCAACCGACAGUUCCUCUUCCGCGAAAAGGAUGUAGGCCGCUCCAAAGCACAAGUCGCAGCAGAGUUCGUCCAGCGCCGCGUACCAGGCGUCCAGAUCACUCCGUACCACGGAAAGAUUCAGGACAAGGACGAAGCAUACUACAAGCAAUUCAACAUCAUCAUCUGCGGUCUAGACUCGGUAGAAGCACGCAGAUGGAUCAAUGCUACGCUCGUCAACAUGGUCGACGACGACGAUCCCGAUUCCCUCAAACCGCUCAUCGAUGGCGGAACCGAAGGCUUCAAAGGUCAAGCGCGCGUCAUCCUCCCCACCAUCACCUCGUGCUAUGAAUGCAGUCUCGACAUGCUCAACAAACAAACCACCUAUCCCAUCUGUACCAUCGCAAACACACCACGCUUACCCGAACACUGCAUCGAAUGGGCCAGCGUUCUCGAAUGGCCCCGCGUCUUUGGAGACAAGAAGCUCGACAACGACAAUCCGGAUCACAUCUCUUGGCUCUUCGAUCAGGCAUCCGCUCGAGCUGCUUCGUUCGGCAUCACCGGAGUCACGUGGAACCUGACUCAAGGUGUGGUCAAAAACAUCAUUCCCGCCAUCGCUUCCACCAACGCCAUCAUCGCUGCUGCUUGCGUCCUCGAAGCUUUCAAAUUCGCGACCACCGCCGCACCUUUCCUCAACAACUACAUGAUGUUUACGGGAAACGACAGCGUGUACACGUACACGUUCGAGCACGAAAAGCGACCCGAUUGUCCCGUUUGCGGUGGCGAGGCUCGUAACAUGUCCUUCAGCUCAGAAGACACCGUAGAGAGGCUCAUCGAACGGUUGGGCGAGAUGGCCGAUUUGCAGAUCAAAAAGCCUUCGUUGUCGCUGGCUGGCAAGCCGCUCUACUUUCAAGCACCACCGCAGCUCGAACAGGCGACAAGGCCGAAUUUGGAAAAGAAGCUCGUGGACGUGUGUAAGGAGGGAGACGAGAUCACUGUUACUGAUGCUAGGUUGCCGUUUACCUUGGGUAUCAUUGUCAACUUUGCGUGA